AUGAUGGGUCUUCCAGCUUCGGCUCCGAUCGCUCUACCCAUCCAACGAGGUCUAGUGCCCAUAGGGUUCGCCCCUCCCACCAAGUGGCGCAUGAGACCUACCUCUACAAAGUUGGCUAUUCUCUAUCUCCUUUAUACAUUCACUAUCACCUGCGUCCUCACCUUCAUCAUGUGGCUCGCCUAUGUGAAGAUUCCCUAUAUAGUCGACAUCGAGUGCGACCGGGAAGGCCAUGUCCGCACCCCACCUGCGGUCUCGACGCUAACGGUCUGUGAGCAGAUCAAUGUGGCUCAUGGCGGCCCAGCUAAGGCAGUGAGUGUGGUUACUUGCCGUUGCCAUCCGCGACGUGACAUAUCCGUAGUGUGA